AUGAGUGAAGAAGUUGAUUCCGAUUUAUGUUAUAACUUAACAUAUUUUAAAGAUGUAAUGAAAGGAUAUAGAAAGAUUGAUGAUAAUAUUAUGUUAAGAAUGAAUACAACAAAUACACAUUCUGUAGAGAAUUGUACCCAAUUUUUUAAAGAAUUGGCUGAAGCAUAUUCUAAACGAGAAAAAAUUAUAAAUCAUUAUCAAGGAUUGGAGAGAAAACAAAAAGCACUAGAUGAGGAUCCAUAUGAUAGUAAUUUAAAGAAUCAGAUGUUUGUAGAUGAAUCCAAGUUGAUCGAAAUACCAGUUACCGCGACUAUUGAAGAAGCUUUUGAUGUAUUAUUGGCAGAAAAUAUUCUUAGUGUUCCGGUUUAUCGUUAUUGGAGAAAUAGAAAACAAUAUAUUGCUAUCGUAAAUGUAUUUGACUUGGUGGCUUUCGUAUGUUUACAGCCGAUAUUCAAUAAAGAAAAUGAAAAAAACGAAGAAAAUAAAGAAAAUAAUAAUAGUUUUGAUAGAGAAUCCAUAUUUUUACAAAAACCAAUUGGAGAAUUAAUUGGAUUAACUUGUGAGAAAAGACCAACUGCUAUUGAUGAUGAUGAAUCUAAACCUUGUUUCGUAUCUCAAACUGAUGUAGUUAGAUUUUUAUUUCAAUAUAAUCAUAUAUUAGGGAAAUCUUUGGAUACAUUAGCAUCUGAUGUAGCAAAUAAAGCUACAUUAACGGCUUUUAAAAAGAUACAUCAAGUUGGUGUCAGUGCUGUGGCAGUAGUUAAUGAUGAUGGCAGUUUAGUAGGUGAAGUUUCUGCCGCUGAUCUUAGAGGAUUAAAUAGUGAUAGAUUAAGUGAUUUAAAAAAACCUGUUAUUGCUUUUUUAACUUCUUGUAAAGGUGAUUUAAUUAAACCAUUAACUUGUCAUGGAAAAUUUACUCUUAGUCAAGUGAUGUCUGGUAUUAUUCAUAGUAAAACUCAUAGAGCUUGGGUAGUUGAUGAAGAUGAUAUUCCAAUUGGAGUUAUUACUCUUUCUGAUAUUCUUACUAUCUCUGUAAGUCUUGCGGGCUCGCGACCUAGUUCAAAAAAAUGGUCCCAGUGGGAUGCCGAAAUUGCCAUCAUGUGCCGGAUUUUGAAGAAAUCAUAA